AUGAAAAGUACAAAUUAAAUCUAUUUUAAUAGAGUAUAAUAAUUGGAAUUAGAUGAAUAAGUAAAAUAAUAAGAAGAAGCUUACAAAGAAGAAGCAAAAAUAUUAUAACCAAAAAACAAGAGAGAAAUGUGUAUUGAUUCCUAUUAUUAAUGGAAGUGAUUGGUGAUACUAAAUUACCAAAGUAAUUCUUAGCAAAUUGAUAAAUAUAAAAACAAGUUAAGGGAAUGCUGAAGAUAUUCUCUAUGGAAGGAGAAUAUCAUGAUGUGAAAGAAAAUCUCUAUAAAUUUAGAUGUAGCUAUAUGGGAGGAAUAUAUGAGAUAGAAAAACCGAUUUGA